AAUGGGAAGAUCUCCUUGCUGUGAAAAAAAUGGUCUCAAAAAAGGACCAUGGACCACUGAAGAAGACCAAAAGCUUCUUCAUUAUAUCAAUAACAACGGUUAUGGAAACUGGAGAACUCUCCCCAAAAAUGCUGGGCUUCAAAGAUGUGGAAAGAGUUGCCGACUUCGAUGGAUUAAUUAUUUGAGACCCGAUAUCAAAAGAGGAAAAUUCACUUUGCAUGAAGAGGAAUCAAUCAUACAUUUACAUAGCUUUUUGGGAAACAAGUGGUCGGCUAUUGCAGCUCGGUUACCUGGAAGAACUGAUAACGAGAUUAAAAAUUACUGGAAUACCCAUAUCAAGAAAAAACUACUUAGAAUGGGGAUUGAUCCUGUAACCCACAACCCUCGCCUCGAUCUUCUAGAUCUAUCAUUUCAACAAAUGCGUUUACAACCGAGUUUCGUUAACCCGGAGAUCUUACUAUUAGCUACGUCUCUCUUCUCUUCCAAACAUGAGUUAAGUAUUCCCACACAAAUUCCUCAAGACAACAAUAUUCUUCAAUCCCAAAACCAAUGUCAAAGUGUUGUUUAUGAUAACUCAAAUGUCGCCUUUUUUAGCCCCGAAAACUAUGAGCAGACAAACGGAAUGGGAUUUGAUGGGAAUCUACGACAAAUCUGUAGCGACGGUUUGUUUGAGAGUAGUAAUAUUGAAGUUCCUUCUUUGAUAAACUUUAGUAAUGAUAAAAUUAUUAAUCAAAUUAGUAACAAUGUGUCGAGUUCUAAAGAGAUGAAUUCGAGCUCGACAUAUGUCAACAUAUUGGGAGAAGAACAAGGAAGUUAUUGUAGUGAUUAUGAUAGGUUCGAAAUUUCUGAUAUUUAUGAUGUCAACUAUUUCAUGUAAUUUGGGGAAAAUAAUUAAGAAUAAUGCAUGGUUCAUGACGUCAUUUGCCAAAU